AUGUCACAAAGGGGCAGAGAUGUGGCACCCAUCCGGUAUCCUGAGGAGCGCGCCAACGAAAAUCAGUUGGACAGAGUUGGCCUUCGGGAUAACUCAGCUCCUUCCUUUGCUACUUGUGUGCCUGCCUUUUUUUGGAUGGUUUAUUGUUUACUGACCAUUUCUCCUCAACUUUCCUCCUCUUUCAAAGUCAUUGCCGAGGGAAUGACUCCGCCACAAAGGAUCCUCUUUCCCCCAGAGAAGAUUUGCAUGGUCUGGCAGCAAAGACAGAGUGCUGGAGCAGGACUUCUCAAUGUGGGCAACACAUGCUUCCUUAAUGCUGUCCUGCAAUGCCUGACAUACACCCCGCCGCUGGCCAACUAUCUGCUCUCCUGGGAGCACAGCCAGGCCUGUCGCCAACAAGGCUUCUGCAUGAUGUGCAUCAUGGAAGCGCAUGUAAACAAGGUCCUGCGUUCAGUCAGUGCCAUCCUGCCUUGGGCUGUUCUCAGGGCUUUCAGAUUCAUAGGAGAACAUUUUCAGCUUGGCAGGGAGGAAGAUGCCCAUGACUUCUUAUGCUGUACUGUCAAUGCCAUGCAGAGAGCUUGUCUGAGUGCAAGCAACGACUUGGACAUAUCAUCUCAAUCUACUACCAUUGUCCAUCAAAUAUUUGGAGGCUUUCUGAGAUCCAGAGUCAUCUGCUUCAGCUGCAAAGCCAUUUCUGAUUCCUAUGAGGCCUUCCUGGAUGUCCCCUUGGAUAUCAAAGUAAGAGGUUUUGCAGUUGUGCUUCAAGACAUGGCAAGGCUUUUCAGAGUCAACACAUUUGUCCUGAAAGCAUAUACUGUGAACACAAGAGGUCUUGGUCGUGGAUGGGAAGGGGAACGGAUGUUGUCCUCCUGCAGAGGCCAUGGCACUGGUCUCUCUGUAGGUGCUGGCUUGAAGCUGGACAAGCAGCCAUUAUGCGCUCUGCACCCUUGA